UCCACAUCCACAUCCACAUCCACAUCCAACUUGGACCCGUACUCUCCGCCAGACUCAUGUACUACGCUGUUGAUUACUACGCGGAUAUGGGACAAAUCUCUCAAGAUUGUUUCUCUGCAACGAAAUCGGGAUCAUCUGACCUUGAGAUGGACGAGUUCGAUGACUUGGAUCAGGUCACCCAGGUGAUUGGCUACCAUCCGCAGUUCCACGAUCACUUUCUGCGCACCCAGAACUUUAUAAUGAAGGGCGACGGACCGCUGCCGAACGACUACAGAUACUAUUUGGCCAUAAUUGCUGCUGCGCGACAUCAGUGCCCGUAUCUGGUGAAGCGGUACGAGAAGGAGUUCAUCAACCAGGGAGGAGAUAGCGCCUGGCUGGGCGGCCUGGACUUUAUACCCGCCAAACUACGUGCCAUAUACGAUAUCAAUAAAAUAUUAGCCCAUCGUCCCUGGCUGCUGCGCAAGGAGCACAUCGAGCGGCUCACUAAGGGGAAGAACAGCUGGUCACUGUCGGAGGUGGUGCACGCCAUGGUCCUGCUCUCGCAUUUCCACUCGCUAUCCUCCUUUGUGUUCUCCUGCGGCCUCACACAAAAGCUGGACGGGUUGUCUAGUCCCAAAUUGAAGAGUCCGCCGGCGGUAGUGGAGCCCCCCGAGCUCGGUGUGCUGGGCAACGCCGCCAUCAGCCCCACCUCCCCGAUGGACCCGCAGAAAGCGAAAACCGUGCUGGUCGAGAUCUCGCUCAACAAUGCAAAGCCGGAUUACAAUAGCCAAACCGCAGCGAGCAACAAUGGAGGAGCGGCACCAGAGUCGGGAAAUGCUACCGGAGAUGGACCUGAUGCAACGGCCCUCAACGGAUAUUUGGCCACGGCCCAGCAACUACCACAGCAGCAUGGUAUCAGCGUAGAGGCGCUGAUGGAGCGCAUGAAGGUGCUCUCCCAGAAACAGGACGAGUGCAGCGAGGCCGAGCUGAGCAGCCGGUUCCAGAAGGUGGAGCAGCAGACCGCCGAGCUGGCGGCCGUGACUCCGGAGGCGACUGUUGCCGUGCCAACCAACCUAUCGCACUACGUGGAAGAUGCUAAUUUCAUUUACCAGGACUUCGCCCGGCGCGGCACCGAAAGCAUCAACACGUUUCGCAUUCAGGACUACUCCUGGGAGGAUCAUGGCUACUCGCUGGUGGAUGGGCUGUACAACGAUGUGGGCACCUUUUUGGACGCCAAAUUUCGAGCCGCCUACAAUCUCACCUACUGCACCAUGGGCGGCAUCAAGAAUGUGGACACGUCCAAGUUUCGUCGGGCCAUUUGGAACUACAUCCAGUGCAUCUACGGCAUUCGUCACGAUGACUACGAUUAUGGUGAAGUUAAUCAGCUCCUCGUGCGCCCUUUGAAAAUGUUUAUUAAGACAGCCUGCUGCUUCCCCGAGCGUAUUACAACCAAGGAUUAUGAUAGUGUGCUGGUCGAGCUGCAGGACAGUGAAAAGGUUCAUGUGAAUCUAAUGAUAAUGGAAGCCCGUAAUCAGGCCGAGUUACUCUAUGCUCUGCGCGAGAUAAUGCGCUAUAUGACUUGAUCUCAUUAAGUGAAUAAACAUACGUAUAUAUUACACACCCAACAGAAAGAACUCACCCACGCCCACACACACACAUUACCCAUACAUGCAUAAAACAUUUUGUUAUUUUGAGAGCGCAUCAAAAAUUCAGCGAAAGGAACGGAACAGAAACGGAAACGGAAAGGGAGGAUCUGAAACGGCAGGUGGAACCAAGAGAUGAACACAAUUUUUGCAAGGAGAGAAUCAAAUGUCUGCUUUUGAACGUCAGUGCAUGUGCUAAGCUCACAUGAACAGCAAUUAAUAGCCAUUCAAUAUCAGUGUCCAUUAAAUGAAUGUGAAACGUUUACUACUCAAUUAACAAUAGUCUGUGUCUAUGGUUAGCCAACACGCAAAUUAAUCACUUAUACAGCCACAGUGCAAAAAUGCAAAAGCUAAAUCAAAGGAAAAUGUUUCUUAAAUUAAGCUGAACUCAAAAACAAAAAACUUUCUGUCUGUUUCCUUUUCGUGAAUGUGCAAGCAAUAAUCACUGUACAUAUGUAUUAUGUUUUGUUUAAUUAUUUUAGCGAAAUAAAUACAAUUUUUAUUUUAA